ACGACACGGAAGCAUAUAAAUACCACGUACGAGCCAUAUUCAAGCUCGAUUGUUGCCAUGACUACCAGAAACCUCAAUAAAACCUGGCGCGACGUUGUCGUCGAUCAGUAUGCCGCUGACUUUGACGCCGAUGUUCCAUUCCCCGUUCGGUAUCUGAUCAACGCCGAUGUGUGGAAGAAAGAUAUUUUUAUCGAGAUUCCAACCAAAUCCCCGUGGAGACCUUGCGCCGCUCCGUGUUGACUUUCGUCCGCGCAAAGCGCCUUGACUCUGAUCCGGCUUACCGAGACGAGAACAUCUCCGUUAGAGCCCGUGUAUCUUACCUCGAAAGACAAGCUCGAGAAGCUAACAAACAACAUGAUGAUCCCGGUUCUGCAUCACAGGAUUCUGCUACCGUCGCUGGCGAUGCUGGCGAUUCUGGGGAAAGCCACUAGAGCAUGGGACUUUGUCGUCUACAGUGACCGUAAACCACUCCAUCGGCGCACUACAUAAGUUUUGUCAU